AUGACAGGUUCGAGAGAGGAAGCAAAAGCACAUGCCGAGCUGGCUUGGGAUGCUGCCCUUGGCCGGACGGCUGGCUCUGGUGGCUCUGGUAGCUCCGUGGCUUUGGCCGUGGCCAGGCUACAGGAUCCCAUGAUGCGGCACCUUUACCAGGAGGUGAAUGAAUUGGAAGCCCGUGUAGCGUUGCACAGCGAGCGGCAAGUCCGAGAGUGUCGGAUGGCCGCGCGAUGCGAGGCUGACAUCAUGAAAGCCCAAGCGGCUCCAGAGAUUGAGGCAGCGCACAACGAAUUGCAGUCUUUGCAAGCGCGGCUGGCUGAGCAGGAGCAGUCGUUGAAACGAAGCAGCCGCCGAUUCUCGGACAUGCAGCGACAACUGAAGAAAUGCAGCUUACCACAUGAGCAAGAGCGCCUUGCUGACGAACGCGAGCAUGAAGCAAGCUGCGAGGCAAUACGAGAGUCUGAGGCCACUCUGCAGGAGCAGCAAGAAACCGACCGCGACCUGUUGGACAUAGAGCUGAAGCAAAGCGCUAUGGCUUGGAUGGACAAGCUACGUAAAGAGUUCCCGGAGGACUCGCGCUGUGCUAAUCUCCAGGACGGACUAGAAAAGUUGUUAGCUCUACGCGGCUCGCGAGUGGAAGAAAAACUCCUCACUUGGUUCAGAGCACAGGGCUCACGCUGGACUGUGUUGGACCUCAGCAAAGCAGUAUCCGAGUUGAGAAUUGCUGGCAAAAGUGCUGGAAACAGAUGGCACCAGGCAUGUGCGGACAAAACCCUUGAAGGCCUCAAAGCUGCUGAUGUAAAUGUAAUUUAUCAAGCACCGGUUUUUGAUGCACGCUUGGGCUUUUUUGGAAUAGUCGACUUUCUCAUAAGGGGGGAAGACGGAGACUAUGCCAUCUGGGAUACGAAGCUGGCCACGCACCCCACAGCUUAUCAUGUGGCCCAGCUGAUUGGUUAUGCCGUUGCUCUGGAAUCAAUGCUGGCCCCCACAGGCGGCGUGAGGGUCACAAAGGUUGGACUCGUACUGGGAGAAGAUGCGGCAGAGCAGGGGGUAGUCAAGGAAAUAAGCAUUGCUGAGCUAAAAAGGCCUUUCUUUGAAUCAUGGUGGGCAUUCCGGGAUUUUUGUAAUACUUUCCGGCCUGAUCUUCCUCCAGAUCCAGCAGACGAACCUAAAGCCAGUCUUGGGCGAUGGGCGCCAGCAGCAGAGGAAAUGCUUACCAUGAGGGAUGACUUGGCAUUGGUUGCCAGUAUGACUCGCGCUCAGCGAGCUGCAUUGAAGCUGGCAGGCUACAAGACCAUGACCAGCAUUUCCCAGAUGCCCCCCUCGGCUCUAGCAAGUGUAUCGGCCGUCUCUCGCAUUAAGCUCCAUACCCUCGAGCGGCUAGUUUUGCAAGCAAGGCUGCAGUGCCAAACAAGAGACAACACUCAUGUAGCGCCAGCUUCGGUAAUUUUGCCAAAUGCUGCUCGUGUGCUAGCAGCGCUGCCAGCCGAUGAUUCGGGAGAUAUCUUCAUCGACCUGGAAAGCUUGCCAUGGAACAAGCCACCAGCUGCCGCUGAAUAUUUGAUUGGCAUUUGCACACGCGAUGGAGCUUACCAUAGUUGGUGGUCCCACACACGUGACGAGGAGCUGGAAAACACAGGCCAUGUCCUCAACUUCAUCUUCGACCGCCUGCAACAAUUCCCGAACAUGCACGCAUACUGCUAUGGUCACUAUGAGAGAAGCGCGCUCUCACGCUUGGCAGCCGGCCUUCCUGAAGACUUCAAGCAAAUGGCUGACGAGCUUAUCAAAACAGUUCUGAUAGACCUCUAUCCCAUCUUGAAGGGUUCCUUUGUGCUGGGCCUUCCGGGCUAUGGGCUCAAGCAGGUGGAACGGCUCUUCAGGACCGGUGAACAGCGGACAUCACGGACAAGUGAUGUUGCUGCUGCUGAAGAGUCCAUGAUCGCGUACAUGCGUUGGCUGGACAACCCCGACGGUAGUUGCGUUGCGACCUCCUCAACACUGCGUCAGAUAGAGGAAUACAACUGUGAAGAUUGCAAGUCCACUCAGCGUUUGCUGGCCUGGUCUUCAGCCGCCCUAUAUAUGACAGCUCCGCGGAAGAUGCGCCGCUGUGCAAGUUGA